AUGGGUGGGGUAUGGGGUUAUUGGAAUUAUAUGUUGAAAGACGAUUUAAGGAAAUAUCUACUCAUUGUAUCAGAAAAGAGAUUGCAUUCUUCAACGAGUGAAAUCGAAAUAGCAAGAAACCUCCUCAACAUACUAUUCAUUGAAUAUCAUAGUAGAAGCCAUACAUUGGGUGCAAAGAGGCGGAAAUUAUACAAGUAUCGAGACGUCUUUGAGUUUUCUGUUAUAUUACAAAGAAGGAAUACAGUAGACAAGUUCUGGGUUUUGAUUUUCUUCUCUUUAAUAAUGGCUCCAACACCAUCAUCAAAAUUGAAAACAGCCCACCAAUCAAAGACUCCCCAAUCGAAGCUCCGCCUGAACUUUGCCAAAGAAACCGCCUCCACCAACACGGUGGCGUUACCAGCCGAGCACCCGGUCGAAGUGAUAGGCAGAAUCCGAAACAAUCCAGAUCAGAAAGACAAGUCUCUCCCCACUCAAUCAACAGUGCAAAUCAAUUCGGCUUACAAUUCCUUGCGACUGAAAACCGACAUUGGGUACAGGGAUUUUACACUAGACGGCGUUUCAUUAUCCGAAGAAGAUGAUCUUGUUGGGUUUUACAGGAAAUUCGUGGAGUCUAGGAUUAAAGGGGUGAAGAUGGGAAACAAAUGCACUAUUAUGAUGUAUGGUCCAACCGGGUCGGGCAAGAGUCAUACGAUGUUUGGGUGUGCAAAGCAGCCCGGGAUCGUUUACAGAUCUUUGAGGGAUAUUUUGGGGGGAGAAGAAGAAAUGGAUGGUGAGAAACUUGGGGUUGGGAGAUUUGUGCAGGUCAGUGUUCUGGAGAUUUACAAUGAAGAGAUUUAUGAUCUAUUGCCAUCACCCAACUGUGGUGGAAGGUUUGGUCUUGGAUGGUCUAAGGGAAGCAGCACUUCUAAGUCGACAAGCACUAAGAUCAAGUAUAGUGAGAUAUUGUGCAAGAGUACAAAAAAUGGGUACCAUGGAAUCCAUCAAAAACAGGAAAAACUACUGAAAACUCAUCGGAUUUUUGUGUUUAAGACUCUAGAAGGCUUUUAUCUGAUCAAAUGGUUAGUAGUUAGCACAAUUUUGCUUCCAACUAUGAUUUCAGAGUAUUUUGCUUGA